AUGUCCCAAAGUUCUUCACUCGACAACGUAUUAAACAACAAACGACGCCGUUCUAGCAUCCGCGACGGUCUAAGCAUCUUCCGCACUUCCUCGAAAGAGAGCAUCAAGUCGAUCAAAUCGACGGGGAAAAACUUCUCAUCUUACUAUCCAUACACGGUCUACGAACAAACCAUGUCUCCCCUUAUUCUCCGUGAUCCUGAAGCUAUGAAGAAGCUCUUCGAAGUCAUUCUGGACUCUCCGAAUGGCAAACGCUCUCUAUCACGCCUGGCGCGCACAUGCAAAUCAUUUUCAGGUCCUGCUUUGGAUGUUCUCUGGAAGGAAUUGGAUUCAAUCGUUCCAAUUAUCGGACUAUUCCCAGGACAUUUGCUGAAGAAAACCAAAAAACCUGGUUUGGGACUGGCGAAGUUGCCCCGAGAUGAAGAUUGGCAAAACAUUAUCAAAUACAGUGAACGAAUCCAGCGAAUCGCCUACGAUGAAGCGUCCAAUGUUGUUGCUCCAUCUAUCUUUACCAUAUUCGAGGAAAACCGUCCCCAGAAUUUCAAUUACAUACUUCCCCGUCUUCAGGAACUUUCGUGGAAAGUUGAGACGCCAGCAGCCUUGGAACGUUGUGGAAUUUUCAUUCAUCCUCAACUUCAAAUCCUUAAUCUCGAGAUCUCCAACAAAUUCACGAAAAUCAACGAUUUUUUGGCUGACAUGUCAAGUAGAACCAAGCUGAAAGGAUUCUCAUUUAUAUCCCCUACCAAUUUGCCUGACGCCUUUACCGAACUUCUCCUUCGGCAAGAUGACCUUGAGAAGGUCGUUCUUGUCGCGCCAGGGGCCUUGUCUCCUGGAGUAGGUCGCUGGAUUGCCGCUUUGCCCAAGUUGAAGCAUCUCCAGUUGGACCUUACUGGACGUUCUGCUAUAGCCGUAGAAGGGUUUUUUGACGAGUUAAGUCCGCGAUCUGGAGACUCUACUCCGACAUCUAUUGGUUCCAGGGAUAGCGGCGUCUUCUCUGGCGAAGAACUCGAUUUUACGGAAAUUCGCAAAUCUGCUCUCCGACUCACAGGCGAUUUCUCCUCAAAGGGUUCCUUUACAAAACUUAGGAGGAUCCAACUCACUGGUGAGGUGGCCAACAUCGCCGUCUUUUUGAAGCACCUUGACAGCGACAUUACACAUCUCGACCUCGUUAUUGAGGAUCCUCCAGAUAAUGCGGAUUGGCAAGACCUUUCCGAAUUGAUUUGCGAUAAAUUUGCCGAUUCUCUCAAUUCUCUUCGAAUCUCCCCAACCCCAUCCGCCAAAUUUGCCGAUUUAGUUCGUGCCACUUCUAGGGCUGAGCCACCUUCUAAUAGGCUGUCCUUGGAACGAUUCAAUGGACUCUCGAAGCUUUCUCGACUUGAUAUCGACCUACCCGAGUCAGUCGUUUUUACCCCUGCAGACAUUGAUUGCCUUGCGAAAGCCUGCCCGAACCUAGAGUCAUUGAAAUUAUGUCCACUAUCGCGAUUCCCUCUGCCGCACAGUCCCAAGUUGACCCUGGAAUCUCUCGCACCUCUAAUGAAACACUGCAAACGCUUGCACACGUUGUCCGUGGUAGUCAACGCAAGUGCAGGCAGCGCAGGUGUUCUACAGGCUCGAGAAAUGUCUUCCAAAUCGCUUCUUCGUCUACAUGUUGGGCACUCGUGGGCAAACGAUCCUCUGCAAAUUGCUAUUUUGCUCAGUCACCUCAUGCCCAAUCUGGAGCUUCUGAAGUGGUUCCAGGAAAAGAACAGAGCCGGAUUUAUUGAGCAGCAUGCUAAGGCAUGGCAAAGUGUUUCGGAAACGCUCCCCCAUAUUCAGAAUUUGAGGGUGACAGAAAAAUCAUUCUUUCGCCAACCAGUGGUUGCGCCGAAACCCAUAACAGUCGAGAAAAGCAUUAACGCCACCGUUGCUACAACAAGCCGCGGCGUCCUUGCUAAAGUUUCUAUGUCUGAUGCAUCCACCCAAUUUUCCCCCACCCUCCAUGAUCAACAAGUGGAAGCAAAGACGGAGCUCUCAGAUGCGUCAAUUGAUGCUACGCCAUCCUAUGCGAAUGCAAGUGUCGACGCUGCACCCCUUUAUUCGUCCACUUCUGUUUCAGCCAUAGAAGCAUUGACCUCAAACGAUGCUGUUGAAUUUGCCGGUGGUUCAAGCUUUUACCGACCUCUUACUCGACUACCACAUCUCAAUUCACACCUUCCAUCCUUAUUCAAUCUUCUUUCUUUUGCCUACCGUUUUGUAUUAUGGCCCCUCUCGUUGACGUCACGCAUUUUCCAACUCAUUCCAUUCUUUUUCAACAAAUUCAACUCAAAACCGCAACCUUCUGUAUCCCUCCAAUCCUCUUCGUCUUCAUCGGAAGUGGAUGCAAACUCUGCGGACGAGGCUACGGACAUCAUUUCAUUGAAAACACUCCAACCAAAUCAUAUACCCAAAAAUAUGGAUAUAUAUGCAUAUGAAUAUGGUUAUGAAAUACAUGCAAUUCAUUCUCCCUCCGUGACUGCUGUGUCUAAGUCUAAAGCAGUUUCUAGCGAUACUCAUGCUCUUGUAAAUGAAGAUCCAAAAAUAGUUUCGAACCCUAGCACGUGGUGGGAUGAGGGACAAAUACUGUCAAAUAACACGGCGACGCGUCAGCGAGAUUGGAAUGCUCGAAUUCACAAUUCACCUGCUUGGAAGUAUACCAUGUCUGAUAACAAGAAACAAGAAAAAGAUUUCAAGCCUGAAGUGGACGAGCUGCUCCCACAGGCGGACGCCUUAAUCAAGUCUGGCAAACUUCAAGAUGGACUGGACAGGUUGUUCAGCUUGGAGAAGCAGACACGAAAUGCCGCCGAUCCCACUUCUACCACACGAUUAGCCACCGCAGCGUUACAACAUUGCUACGAUGCCAAAGACUAUGACCUUGUAAAUUCGACAAUUACGAUGCUCAGCAAGAAACACGGUCAAUUGAAGACAGUGAUUCAUUCUAUGGUCGAACUCGCUAUUUCAUGGCUUCCAGAAAUAAAGACCAAUGGCGGUUUGGAGAAGUGGCUUCAAUUGUUGGAAACCUUACGCAGUGUUACCGAAGGCAAAAUCUUCCUUGAAACACCGCGAGCUCGUGUCACUCGACUACUUUCGCAACACCACGAAGGUCUCAAAACUAAAGACUCACUGCAAACUGCGUCGGAUCUGCUUUCAGAGCUGCAGGUAGAAACCUAUUCGUCAAUGGAGCGAACGGAGAAGGUCGAGUUUAUUAUUGAACAAAUGCGACUGCUUACGGCUCUCGCGAAGCAAAAGGAUUUGGCGGUGGAGAAGAAAGAUGGCAAAGACUCCCUUGGGGGCGGUGAAGCGGAAUGGAUCAAGGUUCGUGUAGGCGGUCGAAAGGUCAAUGAAGACUUCCUGAAGCAGAAAGAGAACCAAGAGUUGAAAAUCAAAUAUUACAAUCUGAUGAUUACACAUGCACUCCAUCACAAUGCGUAUCUAGAUGUCGCUAAAUAUUAUCACAAAGUUUGGGAAACACCUUCUAUCAAGGAAGAUCCCGUGAAGGGGAAAGCUACAUUGGAACGCAUCGUCUAUUAUAUUGUUUUGGCGCCUCAUGAUAAUGAACAAUCCAAUAUGUUGCAUCAAAUACAUCUUGAUCCCGCUCUGGCGAACGAUGACUUGAAACUUCACUAUGGACUUGUUAAGGAGUUUGUGACGCCAGAAAUUUUGCCGUGGUCAAAAGUAUCUGAAAACUACGGUGGCUUCCUGCGGAAAACAGACGAGUUCAAGCAAGAUAAAUUAUGGGAAGACCUUCGUCUUCGUGUGAUUGAGCACAAUAUCCGUAUUACAGCCCAAUACUUCACUCGGAUCCAUCUCACUCGUUUGACGAAGUUUCUGGGUCUGCAAACCGUGAAAGAAACAGAGGAGAUCCUCACAAGACUCGUAAAUUCCGGUACUAUCUGGGCUAAAGUCGACCGUCCUGCAGGUAUCAUCAACUUCAGGAGCAAACGUAGUGCAGAAGAUGUUAUGAACGACUGGAGUUCUGAUAUGCAAAAGUUGCUCGGUCUGGUAGAAAAGAGUUGGAUGGGAAUGAACGCUGCACAGGCUGCACAAUCUCGCGUGAAAUCAUGA